AUGGCUCUCUCUCGUUUUCUCUCCUUAAUUACAAUGGCAUUGCUGUUUUGCUCCGUUAUAGCACAAUCUCCAACGCCGUCGCCUGUUUCUUCGCCGAAGAAAUCCCCAUCGUCAAGUCCGACGCCAGUCUCUUCACCACCCACAGCGUCUGCACCGUCUCCGUCGAAGAUUCCGAAAGCAACCGCACCAUCUCCAGUAACUGUUGAAUCACCUCCAUCUUAUUCUCCGUCGCCAGUUAGCAGUCCCUCGUCGAUUUCCGGGCCUCCUGCUGAAGCUCCUGGACCAGCGGAGAACAGUGCCGUUUUGAAGUUGAAUAGGUUUGGUGCUGCUGGAUCUGUUGCGGUUGGACUGUUGACAGCCGUUAUGGCGCUGUGUUUCAGUGCGGUUAAUAUAUUCAAGUACACCGUCAUUAUCUUGCAAUCAGCACUCAUCAUGAAUGCAAUUACAUCCAAAUGGGCUGCAAAUAAAAUAUAUUUAAGUUAUUACACCAAAGGAGAUUUCUUUCAGUCGCCCAUCUUUAUAAGAUUCGGAUACGGAUUUGGAGUUUCUGUUUCGACUUUCUUAAACAAGAUUAAUUUUCUUUUCCAGACAGAUAGCUUUGCUUUAUUAGCCGUGAUUCGUGUUCGCCGUGGCCCACGUCCUGGAUGA